AUGUCUACGCCUGAUAACUUGUCCAUCCCCCAAGCCGAACUGGUCAGCAGGAAAGCUCACGUGCUGCCCGGGCAAUUAAGUGUCACGGAGCUCUUCUUCAAAGUACCUCUCGACUACACGGAUAUCCAGGGCCCUUCCAUCACGCUAUUUGCACGUGCUGUCAAGAAACACGAUGUUCCCAUAUUCCCACCCGAUGAUGAAGAGUCAGAGAACAGCCCAAAAGACGAAUUUGGCGAGCCCCCAAAGCCAUACAUGGUCUAUCUUGAGGGAGGGCCGGGCUUUGGCAACCGUGAACCGCAGGAUCAUCCCCUCACCCGCCACGCUCUUGCAAAGGGAUACCAGCUUCUCUUACUUGACCAUCGCGGCGUUGGCCUGAGUACACCAGUUGGUGCUGAUAUGCUAAGCCUUGUAUCUGAAGACGUUGAAGGCCGCACUCGGUAUCUCGGCCUCAUGCGCCAGGACAACACAGUCCGGGACUGCGAAGCUGUAAGGAAGUACCUUACCGCCUCAUGGCCCGCUGCCAAACAACCAUGGUCCAUCUUUGGCCAGUCGUACGGAGGUUUCAUCGCACUAUCCUAUUUGUCCAUGCAUCCAGAAGGCCUUCGGGAAGUCUUUCUCACUGGCGGCCUAGCCCCUGUGGGUAAGAAGCCUGAUCAAGUAUAUGAAGCAACAUUCCGACGGGUCAUACAGCGCAACGAGCAGUACUACGAAAAAUUCCCAGAGGACGUCGAAAACGUCCGUCAAGUAGCUAAAUUCAUAGAGAGUAAAGGUGGCAGUAUUCCGUUGCCAUCUGGCGGUGUCCUCACCGUUCCUCGUCUCCUGACCAUAGGCAUUUCCUUUGGAAGCCAUGGUGGCUUCGACCAGGUUCACUCUACGAUCCUGACUUUGAAAGCAUCUCUGGAUCAAUUCGGGUUUUUCAACAGAGCAUCCCUCGUGCCACUUGAAGGCUGGAACCCAUUUGAUACCAACAUCAUAUACGCCAUCCUUCACGAAGCCAUAUAUUGUGACGGCCCUGGUUUAGCCUCCGCCUGGUCAGCCAACCGCAUUGGAAAAGAACUCAAGCCAUUCUCCUGGCUGAAUGACAACUACUCAACGGAUUCUACCAGCGGAUGCCUCUACUUCUCUGGAGAAAUGAUCUUCCCAUUUCACUUCGAAACUUACCCAGAACUCCAGAUACUUCGCCAAGAGGCUGAGUUAUUGGCCAGUCGCGAUACCUGGCCUGCCCUUUACGAUCAGGAGAAGCUCCAUAAGAAUAAAGUUCCUGUAUAUGCCGCUUCUUUCGUUGAGGAUAUGUACGUCGACUAUAACUUUGCAAGAGACACAGCCAAGCUUGUCAAGGGUACAAAGACUUUUGAGACGAACGUCAUGUAUCACUCGGCAUUGAGAGCGAAAUCGGAUGAGGUGCUGCAGCAAUUGUUUAGCCUGAGAGACGAUGUCAUUGACUAG